CGCUCAUCCCGAAGGUGUUAAUACAUAGCAGCAUGUUUUGCCCUGUUAUGUUUUCCCAAUGAGUCUAAGUACCCUCCGCAACGCCUCCAUUAAGUCCUCUGCCUCCAUCUCCUACGCACUUGCCCGUAUAUUCAGCUAUCCGUCGACAAGUCCCGCUCGAAAGAUGUCUACAGACAUCCCAGGACCAAUUGAGGUCACGGAUGAGGUCCUCUUUGCCAAUGCGCAUCCUUCGAUGUCGCACAUGUCACCCGACUUUGCACUAGUCUUUGGUGAUUGCAUUCGCAUGACUAGACAACUUCUUUACUCGAAGGACGCGCAGCCGUUCCUGAUCGCUGGGUCAGGGACACUAGGAUGGGAUCAGGUCUCUGCAAACCUGGUAGAACCAGGCGAGAACGCGCUCGUUCUCCACAGUGGUUAUUUUGCCGAUAGUUUCGCAGACUGUUUGCAAACCUAUGGCGCCAAUGUAGACCAGAUCAAGGCUGAGAUAGGUGGCGCUGUCAAGGUGGCUGAUAUUGAAAGCGCGCUUCAAGCGAAGAAGUACAAGAUUGUUACGGUGACCCACGUCGACACCUCGACAGCCGUUUUAGUUUCUCCGGACACACUUGUUGUCGUUGAUGCUGUCUGCUCUGUGGCGAGCGAAGAAAUCCAAAUGGAUGCCUGGGGCAUUGAUGUCGUGAUGACAGCCAGCCAGAAAGGUCUAGGCACGCCACCGGGUCUCAGCAUCGUCAUUGCUUCUCAGAAAGCCGUCCAGGUGUUCCAGAACCGCUCAACGCCGGUCACAACCUACUACGGCAGCUGGAAGAAAUGGCUACCCAUAAUGAAAGCCUACGAGAACAACUCCGCCGCCUACUUCGCCACGCCACCCGUCAACCUCAUCUAUGCGUUCCAUGCGUCCCUCACGCAGAUAAUGAAGGGCUCUGUCUCACUCGAGCAACGAUUCAAGCUCCACCAAGAGGUCAGCAGACGUAUCAAGAAGGCAGCAGAGGAAAUCGGUUUCAGGGGCGUGCCUCUUAGUGAAGACGUCCAGGCGAAUGGCAUGUCUGCGCUUUACUACCCUGACGGUUUCACAGCGAGCGAUAUUGUUCCUCGUCUGUUGAAGAAAGACGUCGUUGUUGCCGGCGGGUUGCAUGCCAGUAUCAAAGACAAAUACUUCCGUAUAGGGCACAUGGGUGCAUCUGUCGUCGACCCUAGUCGGGGGGACGUUGACAAGCUUAUUAGCGCCGUGAAGGAGUCACUCGCAGAAGCCAAGGCUAGCAAGCAGUAGGAACUAGAUCUAGACGAUUUCGUGUGGUGUGUACGAUACAAUGAAUAAAGUAUAUAUACAUCUCAAUUUUAUACGUCAUUCACGAC